ACAUUAUUAUUUAUUGUUACAUUCUAAAUUUCUUAGCAUUUAAAUGACCACUAGCCAAAUGUUGAUCUGUAAUAACAAUUGACUAGAACAAAUAACGAUACCUUGGUGGGUAAUUGUUUUGUAGGUACUUACAUCUCCAGAACUACAAGAUUGUUAAUUGCAUAGAACAUACGACGACAUAUUAAUACAACUGUAUUAUUAUGCAUUCAGAUAAUGAUUCAACAGACACACAGGAUUGUGAAGAAAUUGUUGAGGAAACUUUAAUUCAUGUUGUCGUGGAUAAUGCUGAUGAAAUGUCAAUUUUGAACGCAAACAGUAAUGUACGAGUAAUAGCUGUGGACUCUGAUUCUCCAGCAUUACAAAUUGAAAACAAGAUUUUUCAUUUUAACGAAUGGAAAUAUAUACCUGGGACAGCUAUGUUUUUUGAGCGGAAGAAUGAAGUAAAAAAAAUUGAUCCUCUGUAUGAUAAUAGAUGUGGAACUGUUAUACAAUAUGUUGGUUCCACUCGCAAAUGUUUAGAAAUGACAAAAAAGGAAAAUACACUUUAAUCUUAUAUUUUUUCAUAGUUUAGGGUACUGAAUUUGAUAUUUUUAAUUUUAACAUCUGUAAUAUAAUUUAAAUAAUUUUGUAUAUAAUAUAAGAAUUUUUUUUUCAAAAAUGUAUUUAUAUUAUACAUCAUACACUUAAUCAUUGCAAACACCAUAUUAGUUGUUUUAUUUUUUUAAUAGGACUUAUUCUGUUUCUUAAACUCAGUAUAAUAUAGUUGUAUUAUGUUUUUACAUUAAUAUGUACCUCCCCUCUAUUUGUGCCUAUGCUUGUUGUAGAUAAGUUUCUUUACAAAUUACUGUCCAAUGGGUGUACACAUUUUUUUUUUUUAUUGAGCAAUUUUAUUAAAAAUGUUGGCGACAAAUAUGAAUAAAAUUAAUAGGUAGUGAAACAUUUGUAUCUAUUAAAUUAUUUUUUACGCUAAUAGUUAAUAAAUAAAUUAUAUUACAAUAAUAAAGAUAAAUACCUAUAACAUUAUAUAAUAAUUAUAAUAAUAAGUUGUAAUAGUAAUAAUAUAAUAAUAAUAAUUAAUAAAUAAUAAUAAUAUAAAAUAAAUUUAUGUUUGAAACAUUGA